UCCGUCAGAGCAGGCUGCAGAAAGAAGUCGCCUCCGAUUCGGUGACGAUAUGGGCGGCCCAGAAGAAACAGAAUGGGUCAACGUAGUGAACAGUCUUCUGGCAAAAUGUAACAUAGACCUACAUGUUACUGAUCUCUUUGACUGCGGAGCUAAAGUGUUUAUUUCUCUUUAUGAGUCAGUGCUGGGAGAGAAAGUUCCGGAUUUAAUAGCCGAACCUAGAUGUCAAGAAGAUGAUGCUCACAAUGUGCAGGCAAUCAUAGAUUCUUUGGCAAUGGACUACUUGCAGAUCAGCCUGUCACAUAUAACUGGUGAGAACAUUGUGAAAGGAGAUAGAGAGUCCAUUAGAAAUCUCUUGGAAAUAUUUGAUGGCUUGUUUGAGUACCUUACAGAAGAAAUCAGUGAGACUGCUUCUGAGGGUGGCACAGAGUGGAAAAAUACAGCAAAUGGUACUGUUAACCUGAUGGCUCAAGAUGAGAUCCGAAGUGUUGGUCUGGAAGAAGUAGAAGGUGGCAGUGCUGUGCCCUUUCCCCCCAAAAAACUACCAUCUGUGAUGGGGUCUUCCCAGUCAUCAGACAUUUUCAUUCCAUCAGGGGAGGUAGAGGGUUCAGAAUCCACAAGUGAGCUAAUUAAGCUUGGUGACACAGCAUACUUGUUUUCUUUAAGAAAUGAUGAGUUACCAGCCUCAAAAGGGAUCUCAAGGAAGACUACUGAGCCUGAAGAGCCUGCCGCUUCUGCAGAAACAUCUAGUAUACCCCCCAGCAGCAGAAAAGCAUUCGUCACAGAAACUGAAGGAUCAGCAAAAACUGCUAGGUUGCCCAGUGAGCAGCUGAGUUCCAGUGCCAAAAAACUUGGCGAACCUAUUCGUUCAGCUGUUGCUUUGCAGCCACCCUACCAGCCUUCUGUGCCUAGGCCCCCUUACCAAGAUGAAAGAGGAACUAGAAAUUCAGACAGAUGUCCAGCAUUGACUAAGUCUCAGGGACUUUCAUCCUCUGAGCUACCCCUGAGAAUAGACAUGCCCUCUAGAAAGCUAUGGCAUGCCCUUAUGAGUGGGAGGUCAAUCAGUUCACACAAGAAACCCUUUAGAGUCAAGCUAAUGUGUGGCUUCUUGCUGUCAGAUCUUUCAACUGGAGGUGAUGAACCAGGGGCAAAAGUUGUUAUAAAGGAGCCAGAUGUAGCUGAUGAACUGGUGCCAGAAGACAGUGUGGAUGAUGUGGGAAAGGAAACUGAUGAGAAUGUUCAAUAUAAACCAACUUCAUCUGUUAAGGAGGACAGGUCACAAAGGUUUACAUCAAUACAAAGCACAAGACCUAAGCAAAAAAAUCUGUUUAAUGGGAAAAGGCAGCAUGAAAGCUCCAUCACAGACUCGCUCGCAGAGGUAUCUCUUUCCCACAGCAGGAUAAAAGAAAAAUUGUCAGACCAAGAGCUACAACAGAUGUCUGAGAAACUCUCCCAUAGGCUGAAUGAAUUAGAUGCAAUGUUAAAGAAUGCUUUGAGUGAACGAAGCAGGGGGGAAUCAUCUACUGAUGAAGACAGACUUUCUCAGCAUAGUGAUAGUGUCAUGGAUUACCACGACACGAAGCAAGAACCAGCCACCUGGCUUCCGAAGAAAACACCCAGCAGGCAACGGUCAUUUUCAGCUUCUCCACCACCUUCUACCCACAAGCUGUCAUCUGAAUUGGAAGAUGCAUUCUGGAGAGAUGGAAAAGGGCCAACAGGGAAAAUACGUAAUCACUUGCAAAAGGAACAUGACCAGAGGAAGCUAAGAGCAAAGCUGUUGACGAAAGCCUAUGAAGAUGAACUUAGAGCUUAUGAGGCUAGUGAAAGAAUCGAACUUGCAAAGCAAAAAGCAAAGAUCAAGGAAAUGGAACAACUAUACAAGGAGAGCUUAUUUAAAGAACCUCCAAGUGUGUCACGGCCUGCAGAGGUUUACUCUAGAAAAACGGUACCUAGGAAUCUCAAACUCAGCCAGCGGAUUUCACGAGGAGGAUUUGUAAAGCCAAAGAAAGCAGCUCCAAUGAAGGUCAAGGAGAACAACCUCCUGCCUCUUCUAAUGGAGGAGUUCCCCCACUUGCACAUUUCCCGCCCAACCAUGAACAAGAUGUGGCAGCAGCAGCUUGCGCAGAUAGAACUCCUGAAGUCUCCCAGCAACAGAACCCAGCUGAAACUCCAAAAUGAAGUAGUAGAAGCCCUGAAGAAGCAUGACCUCCUCGUUGAGCUCAUUAAGAAGGAGCAGGCGCAUAACAAGAGACUGCAAGAUUUCAAGCAACGUAUUCAUUAUCAGAAAUGUGGCCAAAAUAAAAUGAGAGAGAGACAUCAGCAAAUCAUCAGAGCGAAAAAGUACUACCAAGAUUACAGAAUUCAACUGCGGGCUAAGAUGAUGAGGGCCAGGACCCGUGAGGAACGGAUAUUUAAAAACCUGUUUGAAGAAGGUUUGGAUAUUCAGAAGCGAAGACUGCAUGAACUGAGAAUGUAUGCCAAGGAUAAGCGUGCUGAGCAAAUGAGACACCACCAGGCAGAGCUGGAGUCCAUGGAGAACUACUACAAGGAUCAGUUUUCAAUGCUGGCUGAAGCAGUUUCAGAAGAACGUAAACAAAUUGAAGCCAGAGAGAGAGCACAUGCACAAACACUGAACAAAGUGAAGUGUGAAUUUAGAUCGAAGAUGGAGAAUGAGAUCCAGGAGCUGCAGGAUGUGAUCAUUCAGAAUGAUGAUGAUUCAUUCUUCCGUGAGCUAGAAGCUGAUCGCCUCAGAUCUAGACUUCAGAUGGCUUCUUUCCAAUAUAGCAAAAACUGUCACUUCUUUUGAAGAGUUUUGGGGAGGGGGUGCUUAUGAACAGCUUGAUCUGCUGUUUAGAAGUGGGCCUUGAAUCUUGUUUGCAGUGCCUGGCACUGAGACUAUUUGUCAUUUUAAAAGAUUUUUUAAAUAAAAGUUUGGUAA